AAGUGGAGACAAUUGGCUGAAACACAGAUUCGGUAGUAAGAAAAACAUCUGUAUAGUACUGAAGGAUACAGUCGAAACGUUUCACAUGGGGAGCUAAAGAACAAAAUGACGUGUAUGCGUUACACUAUGUUACUGUUCUCAGUUUUGGAGUUAUUGUUGUUUGGAUACACAGCUGGUUUGUUGAGCGAUGAGAGCGCGUCGCCAGGCGCGAGACUCCCGCGUGCUGUGUUGGAUGAGACGUUGGAGGCGACCACCAUCCCAAACCACUUACAGGAGGACGACAGGGACUCCAGGUUUUCACCUUUCACCCCCACACUGACCAUCACAUCCAGGGACUACAGGACCACUGGUAAAACUAACCAACUACAGCCCAUCUGGUUGACCACCACGGCUGCGCUUCUGACCAAAACAAUGGACGCUACCUCCAAACGCAGUAAAGUCAAAGAAAACUCCACAUUUACCACAACACUGAACAUUACAGUAAAACCUACUCCUUCCUCUCCAUUAAGUGGCACAAAAACCCCAACACCACCUGCUCUGGAUACUGCAAACAGUUCAUGGACAGUGAAAAGCACCUCAAAGCCUCCUGUCGUGACCACUGAGAGAGGACAUCAGUGCAACUGUAGUGCUGAGGGUUCGGAGGACCAAGAUACCUGCGACUCUGUCACAGGUCAGUGUUUAUGCCUAACUGGAUACACGGGGCAGCGUUGUGAUGAAUGUGCUGAUGUGCAUUUCACCAACGGAACCGGCGGCUGUCAGGCCUGUGACUGUGACUCCUAUGGAGCUGUGAGUCAACUCUGCAAUAGUUCAGGCAUGUGCAUCUGCAAGAGUGGAGUGCAUGGGGACAAGUGUGAUGACUGCCGCCCAGGCUUCUCGCACUUUAGCAGCACGGGGUGCCAACCAUGCCAAUGCAAUAAUCAUAGCAGCUACUGCCACCCACAGUCAGGCAUCUGCGUGAACUGCCAAGGCAACACCGAAGGACGCAGCUGUGAAAAGUGCAGGUAUAAUUUCUACCGAAGGCCUGGUUCUCCUGUGACAGAGCCCUGCAUCCCCUGCCCCUGCUCCAGCGUCACCUCCACAGGCAGCUGUAAGCUCGACUCAAGUGGCCAGCCUUUCUGUGUCCAGUGCAAGCCAGAAUACCAGGGUCCCAACUGUGAGCAGUGUAGUGAUGGCUUCUACAACGCCGACAGCAUCUGCCUUACCUGUAACUGCAGCGGGAACGGAGACCCCCGCAUAUCCCCUCGGAUCUGUCACCCGGACACGGGCCACUGCCUGAGCUGCAUCAACAACACUACGGGGCCGCACUGCGAACGCUGCGCAGAAGGCUUCACAGGGGACGCGCUGGCCAGGAACUGCACUCCUACAGUCGUCCACACUACUCCUUCAACCACUACCCACUGGUUUCACUACACCACCAUGAGCUCCAGCCCCAAUGCUACUGCACAGUUCACCACCUUCUCCACAACUUUGCUGAGCAGCCUGGGCAGCUCCACCCCCAACACCACCACCACAGUGACUCCGCUUCCGUGGAACCAGUUCAACAUCAUUGUCCUGGCCGUCAUCAUCAUAGUUGUCAUUGCUCUCUUGGCGGUGGUAGGUGGCGUGUACACUUACCGAGAAUACCAGAACCGUAAGCUGAAUGCCCCAUUCUGGACCAUCGAGCUGAAGGAGGACAACAUUAGCUUCAGCAGCUAUCACGACAGCAUACCGAAUGCAGAUGUAUCGGGGCUUUUAGAAGAUGAAGUUAGUGACUUGGGCAAUGGACAACUUGCUUUAUCUGGUCCUGGUAGUUUGUAUAAGGUGUAACUGAUGUUCCUUCACAGAAACUGGCCUGCUACAUCAGCGCUGGCCCGACGCUUGGCAGAUUGUGGACCUGUGGAUAUGUGGACCCCUGAUUUAUUUUUUUCAUUUUAUGCUGAUGGACCACGGACAAGGUUUUCCCACUGGACAUAAUCAAACACUCACACAAGCACUUCAGAGCAAGAAGACAAAGUAAUGAAUGAGGAACAUGAGCAGUGCAUUUAACUGAAAAGCCAAGUUAAAAAAUCCUGCCUUGUUGAAGGCCUUGGCCGAUUCACAGCUGAAACAUGUUGCCUUGCUUUGAAGAAAGAGAAGAGAUGCAGAGACUAAUUCACUAAUGUGUGACAGAAUACUAGACAAUAAAGCAUGUCUGAGUGAGUAUUAAUACAGCGACAGUGAGAAAUGCAUGACGUUUUAUCACACGUGGAUAGAUCAAUCAAAUGCAUCUGCUUAUUAACAUUAUUUGCAUACUUGCAGAUACGUCCAUUCUCACGUUCCCUUUGUAAAUGCUAUUUCAAAUGCACAAAGUGGACAUUAGUUUUCAACAAACGUUUUAUUUUGUUUUUUUCUUUGUGUGUGCAAACCACACCGUUUUAGUGUCGCUUCUUACAUGCUAUUACAGGUGCAAGACGUCAGGGGGCGCCUUUACACUGGACCUGGCAUACAGAGCAGGCCUGUGUAUUGUGCAAUGGAAAUACAUUAUACUAAAUCAGAUGCUGAAUGAUUUAAAUUUUGGCAGGCGCUUUCUUGCCGAAGCAAACUGCACGGAGGGAUGAUUUGUUUUUAUCAGGCCAAAAAGGAUCUGUGUGUCAGUCUCAGAUGGAGAGAGCCUGACUAAUUCUCGUCACAGUUUUACAACAGCAAAGUGGAUUUAGAAGACUGUUUCAUGGUGUAUGGAAUUGUACUUGUUUUAUUUAUUUUCCAGAAAUUUUCUCCUCAAUCCACUUUUCCUUUGUGACUUUUCACCGGCCACCUGUUAAAAGGUGCCACGCCUUGUUGUGUGGACUUGACACAACUUGUCUGACUGGGAGUUUAAAUUUUGGUUAAUUUAUUUGGACAAACCUCUCUCUCUCGUAUUGAUGGCUUAUAGGGUCUGUUUGUGUGAGUCGCAGAGGAGGGGAACAUAUAUGAUCUGAUGAGCAAUAAUGCUUGAUGGGUCCAACAGCCAUACUGGACAGUAGUCAAUCACUGCCAUUUGUGUAGCACAGGCUAAAACAAGUUGAGCAAAUGGUUCAGUGAUGAAUAUGUGCCCAUACUUGACUGUGUGGAUGUAUGUGUGGGUGCUGAGUGGGGUAAUAUAAUAUAUUAUUAUUAUUAUUGGAAUUGUCAGUAAAAGAACCCAUAAAAGGGUGUGUAUGAAUGAGUCUGUUCUUGAUAGGCGAUGGCCUGAACUUGAAGGCAAGAGCAAUAGUUCAUCUGUGAUUGUAUGUCAGAUGACUCUUGGGACAUCUACUUUUAGCUCUCUCCCUACUUUCACCAUCCUGAAGCUGUCUUUAUCGGAGGUGUGUUGGUACAAAACUAUGUAAAUAUUAGAUGUACAGAAUGGUUGUCAUGAGGAGCCUGCUAUUGUAUUGGUACAUAUGACAACGAGUCCUGCUUCUGUGACCAGCAUACUCAUGCGCACAUGGAGAGACUGAUGUCGUAACGGCGUUUUAAUUUUGCAUAUGUAUGCAUUGUGCAUUAUGCAUGGUGCACCACAUUCACAACUAACUCUGUGAAAAUUUCAAUAAA